AUGCCAAGACCGUUAGGUAUUUCUCCGAUACGGCAUAAGGUAACUAGGAGGUUUUACGAACCACUAUUACUCCUUCACGCCCUUAGUCCGAUACGGGGGGAAAGAAUCAAAUCCGAGAUAAUCUCCGAUGAUCCAGAAUCAAAUCAUAUCCAGCUCCGACGGUCUUUCACAAACGCCAUCGCCUACAUCUGUGCCUACCGAAAGGGGCCUGACCACGUCGCUGCAGCCGCUCUAGAGAAGACCCCCCAGGGUGUUGUAGUCUGGCUCUGCGCUAACGCCGAUGUUGAAGAGGGGGUCGUCACUUUCUUGAAGGGGGUUUUGGCAUGCGUGUAUCGAGUUGUCGAGAAAGACAGUAUGGAGGACUUACACCAGGAAGCUUCACUGGCAACCCAAAGGCUUGCAUCUAUGAUUGUCGAUUUUCAAGCUCCAAGACUCAAUGCGUACCGUGCAGAGAUUAUCAAAUCAUGCAUUCUUCCUUGCCAUGAACUCAUGACAGGCUACGUUAGGGGCAACGGUAAUGCACUCGAGGUUAACAACUUGCAACAGUGGCUCAGGAAAUACUUUGGCGAUGACACUGGAGGAUGUACAGGACCAAGUCUCUUCGACUUAUCCAAAGCUUGCUAUGACAUUAGACACACUCAGUACUUGAAGACUGUUAGCAUGUUUGCUGGGCAAGGGCGGACACGGCACGAAACAUUUGAACGGCUUUAUAAACUACUCGGCAAACUUGGGAAGCCUCUCAAGUCCUCAAAGACACUAACCGAAGCGGCAACAAAGCUUGCGCAAGACUUUGCUCAGGGAUUUACUGUGAAAACAGUACGCUCGUCAGUACCACAACAACUUCCCUUCCGAGGCAAGAAGGAAGCAACGAUAGAGCGCACUGUUCAUCGUAUGUUUUCGGAUUCUUCAAAGAAAGCCGAGUUCAUGGAACGGCUCAGGUCGCUCGUGUCUCCGGAAGAAAAGGAAAUAGACAGCUUUCUGCAACGUGAACGAGCUACUAAGACGAGAGUUCACGCCGAAUUGCUCCUUAUCGAUCAUUUCGAACGAAAUUCUUGCAACUUUCUGGGCCAGGGCGAGAAAUACAUUGGCUGCAGCAAGCCAGCAUGCUAUUUAUGCCACAUGUAUAUCACCCACCACCCAAGCCAUUACGCAAUUCCGGCUAGUCACAACAAAGUCUAUGUUGCUUGGCGUCCCCCUGAUGUCUAUAUUCGGGAACCUGGAGCUUUCCGUUUAUUGCAGGUACAGGAAAGAAUUCUAUUGCGGAUGAUCGACUUAGUCCGUAAGGACUUGUUUUCUGAGAUAAAGAGUCACAACAUGCGAUUGCCAUACCACACCGAUUCUACAACUGGAAUAACAACGACAUUAGAAUCAAUGCGAUUGGGCGAGACAGACACACCUCCAGUUGCGUACCCAGGUGAUCUCGGUAUUUUAUCCUCCAUUCCAUCACUCUAUAACAUCACUAAACAUCCAAUCUAGAACAAUCAAUACUGAGCUUGCGAGAACUAAACGAAGAUGUUGAAGUAAGCACUUCUGAGGAUGAGGAUAAUCAAGGCGGAGUUCCAAUUUAAUCCCCACCUUACUAUUGUAUAGAGGGAGGCUAAUCCAUGAACGGAUUUGAGAAUGGUUUCGAAUGCCUGGCGGCUGACACAGAAGAGCAUAAUUUGAG